AUGUCGUACCCACCGGCACCAGGAUCGCUCGACCCACACGGCGACGGCGGCGAGGACCCGCACUUGUCAGUCGGCGGUGCUGGGCCGUCGUCGUCACGACCACCACCGGCCUUUGACGCCGAGGUCGAGCUGCAGCAGAUCAAACGCUACGAGGACUUUAGCACAGACUCGCUGCGAGAACGGAACCCGAAGAGCCGGAGUCUGCCUCGUCCCGGGUCGCUACUCGACCGUCUGAACAGCCUCGACGGUGUCUUGGGUUAUCUCUGGCGCGCGAUCGCCAGGGCGUACCAGGAGGGCGAAAGUUAUGUUGUCAUUACGCUCGUUGGAAUUGGCAUCGGCGUCAGCGCGGCUCUCAUGGCCAUCAUCACGGGAUGGCUGUCAGACAUCAAGCUCGGCCACUGCUCGACGGGCUGGUGGCUCGGCCGCAAGUUCUGCUGUAUCGAGAUCUCCGAGGACGGCGGCUGCGACGAGUGGCAUGACUGGGGCGCGAUUCCGCCGUUCCCUUGGCUUGUGUACAUCACCUACGCUGGCCUUUUCUGCGGAACCGCCGCGUAUCUCGUGCGCAGCUUCGCGCCAUACGCAGCCGGCUCGGGUAUCUCGGAGAUCAAGUGUAUCCUCGGUGGCUUCAUCAUUAAUGGUUAUCUGAGCUUCGAGACGCUCGUGAUCAAGGCAUUGACCAUGCCCCUCUCGAUUGGCUCGGGCUUGUCAGUUGGCAAGGAGGGCCCCUCGGUCCAUGUGGCGUGCGCGGUCGGCAAUGUGGUCGGCAGCCUCUUCCCGCGGUUCCGCGAUAGCCAGCUCAAGAUGCGCGAGGUCCUGACAGCUGCAAGCGCGGCUGGCGUGGCAGUUGCGUUCGGCUCGCCUAUCGGAGGCGUGCUGUUCUCGAUCGAGGAGAUGAACCAAGCCUUCUCCACUCGCACCAUGUGGAGGAGCUUCUUCUGUGCUCUGGUGGCGACGUUUACUCUCUCUUCCAUGGACCCAUUCCGUACUGGCAAGCUCGUCCUGUUCACCGUCUCAUACGACCGCGACUGGCACUACUUUGAAAUCCCGGCAUACAUUCUCAUCGGUGUCUUUGGCGGUUGUUACGGCGCCUUUGUGUCCAAGUACAACCUCCAAGUCGCCGCGUUCCGCCGCAAGCACCUCGCCAAGCACGGCGUUGCCGAGGCGGUGGUUCUCGCAGUCGGAACCGGCAUGAUCGGCUACAUGAACCGCUUCCUCAGAAUCGACAUGACUGAGAGCAUGUCGAUUCUCUUCCGAGAGUGCGAGGGUGGCGGAGACAAGGACGGCCUGUGCCAGGCUUCGUCACAAUGGCGCAUGGUCUACUCGCUCCUCCUUGCGACGAUUAUCCGCAUCGGCUUCAUCAUCGUGUCGUACGGUAGCAAGGUCCCGGCCGGUAUCUUUGUGCCGUCCAUGGCGGUGGGUGCGACAUUCGGUCGUAUGAUUGGUAUUCUCGUCAAGGCGCUCCAACAAUCAUUCCCCAACGCUCCGUGGUUUGCGUCUGCGUGCGCGCCCGACGCGCCGUGCAUCACGCCCGGCACCUACGCUUUCCUCGGUGCUGGUGCUGCCCUCGGCGGCAUUACCAACCUCACGGUUACCGUCGUCGUCAUCAUGUUCGAGCUCACCGGUGCCCUCACCUACGUCUUGCCGACAAUGAUCGUCAUUCUCGUGACCAAGGCUGUGAGCGACCAGAUCGGGAAGGGCGGCAUUGCCGAGCAGAUGAUUCGCUUCAACGGGUACCCCUUCUUGGAGAAGGAGGAUGCCGAGGCGGGUGACAAGGCGUUCUUCGAGCCCAUCGGCCACAUCAUGCGCAAGGACCUCGUCGUCAUCCCUGCCACUGGCGUUCCUCUUGAGCAGAUCAGCGAACUAGUCCAGUCGACCAGCUACCAGGGCUUCCCUGUGGUGAAGAGCGACGAGGAUAGGUCGAUCGUCGGCUUUAUGCGCAAGCAUGAACUCCGCUUUGCCCUCGACCGCGCACGGAGGACACACAACGUGUCCCCCAACGCGCUGUGCACCUUCCAGGAGACCAACGACAGCCUCGAGCACCUGUCCCACCGCGACGUUGUCAUUCCCAACCAGGGAGCAACCGGUGGAAACCCAUACGGCUCUGGCGAGGGUGCCAACCGUGUCGACUUUGGACAGUACCUCGAUGAGACGCCCCUCACAGUGUCGCCCAAGAUGCCGCUGGAGAUUGUCCUCCAGCUCUUCCGCCGUAUGGGACCGCGAGUCAUUCUUGUGUCCCACGAGGGCACGCUCGUCGGCCUUGUGACGAUCAAGGACGUGUUGCGGCAUGAGGCGAGCGAGAAGCACCGCGUCGCGACAGCCGAGAACGCCGCCUCGCGCUCCAGACAAGCCAGCUGGGAUGGUGGCUGGGGUGGCCAGCCCGGAGCUCCCGACCGCGCGCCAGCCCUCGAGGGUCUCCUAGAAGACGGUUUCACAUGGGCCCGCACCCACGGUGUCGGCGUUGUCAACACUGCGCUGCAGCGCGUGCGACAGUACAAUGGGACGCCGCCUAGGAGUGACGAGGCGUACAGGUUUGAGAUGAACGAGGAGCCGCAGCAACAGCAGCAGCGCUAG